AUGUCCCAGGGCCAUGGGAAAAAGAAGGUCCCGCCCCUCCACAACCAGCAUAAAAGCCAGCCCAGAGCCUCUCUCCCUCACACACUUCUGACACCUCCUCCUGCUGCUCCUGCCCAAAACCAGGCCACACCCAUGGCCUGCUACGACCGCUGCAGUCCCUGCGGACCCACCCCGCUGGCCAACAGCUGCAACGAGCCCUGUGCCCUGCAAUGCCAGGAUUCCCGCGUCAUCAUCAACCCUUCCCCUGUGCUGGUCACCCUGCCAGGACCCAUCAUGACCUCCUUCCCUCAGAACACCGCCGUCGGAUCCACCUCCUCCGCCGCUCUGGGCACUGAGCUCAAUGCCCAGGGACAGCCCAUCUCUGGUGGAUUUGGCUUUGGUGGCUUUGGCUACGGCCUGGGAGGCCUGGGCUGCUAUGGCAGAAGGGGCGGCUACAUCUGCUAAGGGCCCUCGGCACCACCCCUG